UGUAUAUAUAUUUCAUAUACAUUUUUCCAAUCCCUUUUCAUCAUUGAAAUGCAUAAAUUUAGCUUUCUAAGACUUUGAAUAGAAAUCCCCAGCACGCACAUAUCAAACACAUACGUUGUCACAUACGGCCCUCUCCACUCAUUGACACAAUAACUUGACGUACACCCACUCAGCUGACACAGCGGAGCCUUUCAGCAUAAGGGCUGUGCGUUAUUAGUCAGAGCACAAACAUCUUGUUAUUCCAUCACGCAUCAACCUUAUUAUGAUGUUGUGUUACAGCGUUUCUUAAUGAGGCGGGCUUUAACUUCGUGAGGAAGUGCAUCGACCUGGUGGAGAUUAGAGGCUUGAACACAAUGGGACUGUACAGAAUUGGAGGAGUCAACUCCAAAGUACAGAAGCUGAUGACCACAGUCUUUUCAUCCAGGGCACCCGUGGAUAUGGACCUGGAUCCAGAGACGUGGGACAACAAGACUAUUACCAGCGGCCUGAAGAAUUACCUCAGGUGUCUCUCUGAGCCUCUGAUGACCUUCAAGCUCCACAAAGAUUUUAUCCUGGCUGUCAAGUCAGAUGACCAGAACUACAGGGUGUGUGCUGUCCAUGCUUUGGUUCAUAAGCUGCCCGACAGGAACAAGGAAAUGCUGGAGCUGCUUAUGAAGCACCUCGUCACAGUUUCCACACAAAGCCAGUCCAACCUGAUGACGGUGUCCAACCUGGGCGUCAUCUUUGGGCCCACCCUGAUGCGCUCACAAGAGGAAACCGUGGCCGCCAUGAUGAACAUCAAGUUUCAGAACAUUGUGAUGGAAAUACUUAUCGAGAACUGCAGCAAGAUCUUUCACCAGCCUCCGGACCCCAACGUGCCCCUGCCCCAACCCCAGAGCCGGCCCGGCCCUCGCAGGAGCAGGGCCAUCUGUCUGUCCACGGGGCCCAGGAAGCCCCGCAGCCUCUACACUCCAACACUGUGCCUGGCAGAUGCAGAAAGUCCCUGCAUAGGUGACACUUUCAGCAGCAGUCCAAGCAGCACCCCCAUGGGCAGCAUGGAGUCUUUGUCCUCCCACUCCUCUGAGCAGAACAGCUCCUCCAAAACAGCCUGCUCUGCUCCGGCCAGGGACAAGUCGCUCCUGGACCUCCGCCGAACGCCGUCGCAGCUCUCGAUCGGCCCCAGGGCCAGCGCCGCGUGGGUCAGCAGCCCAGAGUCCAGCUCCAGGGAGGACGCGGGGCGAACAGAUGGAGAGUCGGAGGACGCUCUCAGCCUGUCCUCGGUGAGCACGGCGCCCAGGCUGUCUCCCGCCCCCAAAAAAGCCCCGCACUGCCGCAUUGACCUCAGGCCAGCACUGCUGAACCGCUCCGCCGGCCCCUCUCUGAAAUCACUGCAUAUAUCCGAAGGCCACAGAAGCUGCAUUGGAUCCGUCCAAAGUCUGUCAACACUGGAGCCCAACGAGAGUUUGAAGCCCUCGGAGCACCCAGACCUUCCCCCAAAACGAGGGAUCCGCUGCAGGACGGAGGCCUCAGUCAGCAACGGCUACCAAAGGCCCGGCUCAGUGGUCGCUGCCAGAGCACUGCUUUUUGAAACGGCCUCAUCACCGCAGUCUGUUCCGGUGGGCCGAGACGCCAAGGCGAUGUAUUCCUGCGAGGCCGAGCACAGCCACGAGCUCAGCUUCCCCCAGGGGGCGCACUUCACAAACGUCUACGCCUCUGUUGAACCCGGCUGGCUCCAAGCAACGUACGAGGGGAAAACAGGUUUAAUCCCUGAGAACUAUGUCGUCUUCCUCUAACAAGCUGGUAAACAUUGCAUCUUUUUCAUGGCAUCCAUGAAGAACAGAAAAAAAGAGACGAUACACGAUGUGGCUGAUUGUUGUAAUGUUCCUAUUAUUGCUGGUAGCUGGUUUCUGCAUAGUCCUAGCAGACACCAAGCAGGGCAGUAGUUGCUUUAGCUGUAACAGAGCUAGAAAUCCCCAAAAAUGUACCUCCCCUUUCUGUUAUGACUAUAUUAUGACAUGUUUGGGGAAUCUGCAGAGAUUCACAAGGUUUCAGAAGAAAUAGGUAUGAGAUUAUUGUUAGAUGAAGAUAUAUUACCCGUCGACUGCACUGAUGUUUUUAGCCUACAGAAUUACCAAAACAAUCACAAUCAAUUUCACACGUUUUAUUCUCAGAAAUAUAUUAUCUUUUUAACUUUCCCCAUUGUAUCGACAGAACACUUUCCUCUUCAUCAAUGGAGGUUUGCAAGUUUUCUAAACAUUCUCUAUUGAAGCAAACUGUGAUUUGAAAUAGUGACGCUAAUCUAAUAUAUUAGAGUCUAACAGAAAAAGCAGAAUGGGUUUGCACCUUAACGUUCCUGUUUGUGGCCUGUGAUUGUUGUUCAUCCACUGAAGCUGCUCACUGCUGCAGAGCACUUUCUGGUUAGCUACACGGUACUGUACUGUACAUUCAUGCUCAUGAGUUCUUCUGUAGUUGCUAAUCAAAAAUAUCUACUUUGUUUAACUGUUUAUUCCUAUAAAUGAUCACAUCAAAUAUAUGCCCUAUGUAAAAAAUGUUUUGUUUUUUUAAAAUAAUGCCAUGAAUGCUAUUUUAAUGAGGUGUAAUGCCUCUUGUGGUACUGUACUCCCUGGUACACUGGUACACUAGUGUACCAGUGAUGAUAACAUACAUGUAUCAGAUUAUAUUAUGUUAAACAUACCAUUUCAUAUUACAAUUUUAUAUUACUGUCACAACAUUUCCGAAGUAUAAAGUCCAUGAUUAUUGAAAGAAAAAAGUGAUACUAUUUCAGAAGAAAAAGCUCAAAAGAAAGAAAAGAAUCAGCAACACUUUUACUUUCUCUGGUGGAUGAAAAUGUUUUUGGGGGAAAGCUUUUGAAAUCUGGCACGUACCAGGAUCAUGAUGUUCUUUUCUAUUCACAUAUUUAAGAGUGCGAGGCGACCUUAAGCAUUCAUGCUGGAGUAAUACUCCCCUACAGUCUGACUUUGUAGGGGAAGUGAUAUUCAUAUCCUAAAUAUGUAAUAUUUGCCAUUCUUUUUUUUAAUAUAUAUAUAUAUGGCAAGCUUGUUUCCUUGCUAAUCAUCUACUGUAUUAACGGUGCAUAAACAUGUCCAUAAAUAAACAGCGUGAUUUAUUAGACCUGUGGUCCAAAUUCUUUGUCACACUUGGUGAGUUUCACUUGUGCUCACUGCAGUGAGACACUCCAAGUUCAACAUGUAAGACAGAAUGAAUAGUGGGAAUAUAGCGUGAGUGUGUUAACAUUUGCAAUGUAAAAUACAGUUGUCUCUUUGUGCCCCUACUUUGUGAUGGUUGUUUGUUUUUUAAUCUGAGGUUAUACUGUGAUAUGAUGCAGUUCUCUAGUAUGACAUGAAAAUGUAUUUAAUUACAGGUUUCUAUUACUUCCACCAGGGAAGCUUUAUAUAUAUAUGGUCACAUUUAUCUGUGCUGUCUGUACAGCUCAAAAAGAUAUGAACUGGUUUUAGUUGCAGUUAACUUUGAGUAAUACCAUGUGUCAAGGAGAAGGAGAUCACUUGUUUUUAUAUGCUGAUCCAGACAUUUUAACGAUUUUCAUUGUGAAAUGGGGAUUUAGUUUUUACACUCACUUCAAAUCUCUUGUUCUAAAAUGAAAAUAACACAUUUUUUUUUUUUUUUUUAAUCAAAUAUGUUUACAAAUAUCUUCCCAGUUUCUCCUCCCGGAAGUUGGUGCAGUGAGUCACCCUAAAAUAAUUUCAUUAGUGGCAGGUUUCACUGUCUCCUGCAUAACAAUGUUGCUGAGAACGAUGAAUAUUUGACCUUUUUGUUUGUAUUUCUUUCAGCUUCUGUACAAAAAUAUCAUCUAGUGGUUCUCAAAACCUACUUUUAUCAGCUAGUUUGUACCAUCUACACACAAGCGGUAGGAUGGGAACGGUUGGAUACACCAGAAUUAAUUAAACAGGAGCUUCAUUGACUAGCGCUUCCAAAUUUAUAAUAUUCCGUACUGAAAACUAUAUUUUUAAGGAACGUGUUUCACCGAUACAGACCAUUAGAGGCCGUUUGGGAAAGUACAGAUGACUGACUACAAUAUGUGAAGGCUAUAAAGAAUCCAGUAAUUGUGGGGUGGAUAACCCAGGCACAAGAUGUCUCCGCAGAUUUGUGACGUUGUGCGUUGUCUUCAUCACUUGGUGUGGAACACCAGGGGCCUCACCAUGCCCGCCAGGACUUUGGGAAGCUGGGAGGCAAUGACCUCUGACAUCAUCUCUGGAAACUCCACUCUCAUGGCGUCUGCCUGGAUGAAGGUGCUCAGACAGUACAGGUUGACCUUUUUCACUAUCUGUCAAAAAAAAGGAGACAUUCAUGUUUGUCUCGGUACUCAUUAAAGUAGCGGUUAGAUUAAGACGUGGGUCAAUGCUGCUGUACUCGGAUCUACGGAGGGGGGAGCGUACAUCGUGCAUGGCGUCCAUCAGCUUGGUGAGGUGGUAGAAUCGCUGUGAGCUCGCCACCAAGCCCUUCUCCCUCAUGUGGAUGGCCUUGGUCAGCUCCCGGAUGUAGUUUUGUCUCAUGUCUUCAAAAGCUGCCUGACUCUUGAGUCCCUCAAGAGGCACUGUAAACAGAGAGGACACUUAUAAAUGUAGAAAAAAAAGCUCAACAAACACUAUGGAAAUGCAACAGUCAACAAUGGCCGCAUUAGAGGUAACGUGCUGCUGUUAAAAACAGUGUUUUUCAGUCGGUGUAAAACUAUGACUUGAUGGCAGCUGCUACAUAAAUCUUGUCACGGUGCAGUCGCCCUGUGAAUCACUCCCUUUAUCGUGCAGCUCUCCAGUAGAUGAUCGUCAAAGCUUCGCAUCUCUGUUUGCAACAUUACGGCGGCGUGCUGUUAAUUCAAACAAGAAGGUUUAACACAAAGUGAAAAGUGAGCCAUCUUGAAGGAAGGCUUCAGGAAGGCCUAUACCUGUGUUGAGUAAUAUUAUGGCUUUCAUGCAGAGAAAUUCCUCGCGGGUCACUUGGAGAUUAGCAAACUCUUGGGGGAUGAACUGUAUUGCCAGGCAGAGGUCGUAAAUCGGAGAUCUCCUCAUUUGCUCCCUGAUGGAAAAAAACAAACACAAAAUGGUUCAUGUUUCUGAAAAACCUAGAGCCUCCUUUUUUUAAAAAAAUCCAAA